UUUUUUCACAAUAAUCUCUCAAGCUCGUCGGCGUCGGGAGAAAAAAAAACAAAAUCUCAAAAUUGGAUCUGGAUUUGAAAAAAGAAAAAAAGCAAAGAGAUUUGAAAAUCUCCGAUCGAGAAUUUGAAUUUGAAAUUCUUAACUUGAAAUCUCUGUUUCUUUUUGAAUCAACGGAUUAAAACCCUAAUUUUCCGUUAUUUGGGAUCGAAUUCGAAUCGAAUGGGGAACGACGAUGAUUUGAUUGUGUUGGCUGCGGGUGUAGAGGACGGAGAGAUCGCUUCUGCGUCGGGUAACGCUUCGAUUGAAGUUAGGCAGAGUACGGUGGCUGAUGGCGGAGACGUCGAUGUUGGCGGUGUGACGGGAGGAGGAAGAGGAGGAGGAUUUGACGGCAAUUCUAGGGUUUGGACAAUGCGUGAUUUGAUGACGAAGUAUCCUGAGUACCGCGGAUACGCGAACUCGGGUUUGUCGAAUUUCGCUUGGGCGCAAGCUGUGCAGAACAAGCCGCUGAGUGAAGGUUUGGGGAAGGAGUAUGAGACGAGAGAGGGUGGUGGUGGUGAUAAGAUUGUGAUUGAAGACAGUGAUGAUGAGAAAGAGGAAGGAGAGUUGGAGGAAGGGGAGAUUGAUUUGGACUCUACGAGAGAUGAUGAGAUGGAAACUGAAUCUCUUGUUGUCUUGACAAGUGUUGCUGACGAAUUGGAAGAUGAUAGGGUUCGGAAGGAGAGAGAGUUGGAGACCAAAGUGAAACUGAUCCGUGAUGUGUUGGAGAGUACGUCCUUGGUUCAAGCGCAGAUAGCAUUUGAAGGAGUGUGUUCUAGACUUUUGGGGGCUUUGGAGUCUUUGCGAGAGCUUGUUUCUGAUAAUGAUGAUUUUCCUAAGAGGGAUACUUUAAUGCAAUUGUCGUUUGCUUCUCUUCAGACCAUAAACUCCGUGUUUACCUCCAUGAACAAUAUGUCCAAGGAGCUUAAUAAGGAUACUAUGUCGAGAUUGGUAUCUCUGGUAAAUGACCAUUGUUCCAGGUUUCUCUCAUCUAACCAGAGAAUUGAGAUAGAGGCCAUGAAUCAAAACCUAAGACGCUCUGCUAUUUCACUUAGCGCUGGAGCCAGUAGUGAGGAGAAUGUUAACCGAAUGACUCAGACAAGUAAUGGUGACUUGUUUCCUGCAAAGAAUCUGUCUACAGAAGGUACUCGUAGAGGAGCCUUCUACGCAAGGAGCAGGCUGCCUCUGCUAGACCUUCACAUGGACCAUGAUGCAGACAGCCUUCCAUCGCCCACAAGGGAAACAACACCAAGUUUACCCGUAAAUGGUCGCCAUAUGAUGGCUAGACCAGGUUUCCCCUUUGGUAAAGAGGGCCAAACGAGUGAAGUUGCCAAAGUCCAUCAUCCAUAUGAGAGUGAGGCCCUUAAAGCAGUUUCGAAUUACCAGAAAAAAUUUGGAGUUAAUUCAUUAUUUAAAACGGAUGACCUUCCAAGUCCAACACCGUCAGGAGAACCUAAUGACGGCAAUGGAGGCACUGGUGGCGAAGUUUCUAGCUCUGUUGUUGCCAGUAAAAAGCCGGGGACUCUCAUGACUUAUGGGCAAGACGUUCCUCUGCCCUCCACUUUUAGUUCUAGAAGCAUGCCUGUUGUAUCGAGCACUGUUCCACCACAUCCUUUGUCCAUUUAUGGUAUGUCUACACCAGCUGGUGCAACUCAAACAGUUCUUGCAUCUGAUCAGACAGUGAAACCUUCUGCAAAGAGUCGAGAUCCAAGACUACGGCUUGCAAAACCUGAUGGUGCCGCCAGUGUAACCAUUAGUCCUAGAGUAGUGCCUUCUGCAGAAUUGGUGAACCAAAGAAAGCAAAAAGCCACCAGUGAACUUUUUAUUGAUGGGCCUACAUGGAAAAGAAAAAAGAGUGAUAAUGAUGCGCAAAAGGCUACUAAUAUUGGUGGCUGGCUAGAGGAUACAGAAUCAUCAGGGCACCCAAAACUGGAAUCCAAGCCUAGGCUGAUUGAGGCCGGAGUAACAUCUAUGAAAACAAGUGUUAUGCCCACGAAUGCUGUCACUGUGACUCCAAAAGUAACUACGGCAACUUCAACUGAAGCACUGUCAUCUCUUUUUAAGGAUUUUGCAGAAAAUCCUACAAUGCUUAAUCCUACAAUGAUUAUGAAUAUCCUUAAAAUGGGACAAAAGCAAACGGUACCUGAAAAAGCUCCUCAGAAGCCAAUGGAUCCAAGAAGAGCAGCACAACUUCCUGGCUCUUCUUCCGUACCACCAGUGGUAGCUCCACCAGUUAGUAUACCUGCAUCGAAUGCUUUACCUGCUAAUUUUCCACAGCCAGGAGCGCCUAAGGACGAAUCUGGAAGCAUUCGCAUGAAACCACGUGAUCCUCGCCGAAUCCUGCUUGGAAGUACUCUUCAAAGAACAGACUCUGUGGCAGAGAAACAGUCCAAACUAAAUGACUCCUCCACUCUGAAGGGUAAGACAGAAGUGUUAGAAACACCUUCCCAGCUCGUUCCACGGCAGAGUAUUAGCCUGAAUGGUACCAGCAACAUGAGAGUUUCUGGUGAACCUGUCAGAGGAAAGACACCUGACUUCACCAAAAAUCUGAAAAAUGUUGCUGAUAUGUCUGUCUUAUCACAACAAGUUGGCAAUCCAUUAGCAACUACACAUGCAGCAGACCUUAAGACAGACAAAGAUCAGGAGGAGAGUGCGUCAGUUUCAGCAGCAUCCGUAACGGCUGCAGCUGGUCCCACUCGUUCCAUGAACAGUUGGGGAGAUGUGGAACACCUGUUUGAAGGAUAUGAUGACAAGCAGAGAGUAGCUAUCCAAAAAGAGAGAACUCGAAGGUUAGAGGAACAGAAGAAAAUGUUUGGAUCAAAAAAGCUCUCUCUUGUCUUAGAUUUAGACCACACCCUUCUCAACUCAGCUAAGUUUCAUGAGGUUGAAACCGCCCAUGAGGCGAUGUUGAGGAAGAAGGAAGAACAAGAUCGUGACAAACCAUAUAGACAUCUCUUUCGCUUCCCCCACAUGGGAAUGUGGACUAAACUGAGACCAGGGAUUUGGAAUUUUUUGGAGAAGGCUAGCAAGCUGUACGAGUUACAUCUUUACACUAUGGGCAACAAAUUGUACGCUACAGAGAUGGCCAAACUGCUUGAUCCUGAAGGGGUUCUGUUUAAUGGGCGAGUCAUAUCGAAAGGAGAUGAUGGAGAUCCUCUUGAUGGAGAUGAAAGAGUACCCAAGAGCAAAGAUUUAGAAGGAGUUAUGGGCAUGGAAUCGUCUGUUGUGAUCAUAGACGACUCUGUGCGAGUGUGGCCUCAUAACAAAAUGAACUUAAUAGUUGUUGAAAGAUAUACUUAUUUUCCUUGCAGUAGACGGCAGUUUGGGCUUCUUGGUCCUUCUCUUCUUGAGGUAGAUUUCGAUGAGCGACCUGAGGAAGGCACAUUGGCAUCUACAUUAGCGGUUAUUGAGAGAAUACAUAAAAACUUCUUCUCUCACACUUCACUAGACGAAGCAGAUGUGAGGAAUAUUUUAGCUUCCGAGCAACGGAAGAUCUUGGCUGGUUGUCGGAUUGUGUUUAGUCGGAUAUUUCCAGUGGGUGAAGCCAACCCGCAGUUGCAUCCCUUGUGGCAGACUGCUGAGCAGUUUGGUGCUGUCUGCACAACACAGGCUGAUGAACAUAUCACUCAUGUUGUCACAAACUCUCUCGGAACUGACAAGGUGAAUUGGGCACUAAGCAGGGGUAAAUUUGUUGUUCAUCCUGGCUGGGUGGAAGCAUCAGCGUUUCUGUACCAGAGAGCAAACGAAAGCAAUUUUGCCAUCAAACCUUAAAUACCAAAAUGCAUUUCCCGCCUGCUAAAUAUCGUCCCCCACCUUAUGAUCCAAUUUGACAUUUGUUAUGGCCUGAAAACCCCAAAAGGUCAUAUCGGGUUUGAUUAGGCAAAGCCCCGGUGGGUACAUAUGCAUUCAUUUGCC